AUGCUUACCCACAACUACACGUACCAGGAGUGCCUGGACGUAUCCAAGAGGGUCUCGUGGCUGGAGGACAAUGUCCUGGCAAACAAGAAUUUCGACUUCUCCAAGCGCUUCCUGCCCAACAGGUUGAGCGGCGUCGACGAUAUCGGAUGUCUGAACGACACCGAGAAACUCCAGAUGAAUCAGAUCAUGGGCAACGCCUACUGCCACAUCUUCGCCUUCGUGGAGGAGUUCAUCAUCCCCACCGUAGCCGAGGAGGCCUUGAAGGAUGUCUAUGGUGACGAGGUCAGGGCCCGCUCGCUGUUGCGGUUCGCCGAGGAGGAGUUCAAGCACCAGGAACUGUUUCGCAGGUCGGUUGUCCUCUUCGGCCAGGGUUUCGGGAUCGAGUGCGGCCUGAUACCAGGUCGGAGAGUGGCCGAGGUGGUCCCUGAGCAAGUCCAGCUUGCCGUCAUGGUCUUGACCGCGAUUAUCGAAUGGUUCACCCAGCUCCACUACAUAGAGCAUGUGCGCGACGACUCGGACCUCGAUGGGCUAUUCCGGGAUCCUCCUGAGGUUUCAUCAAUUUCACGGCUGGAAGAGUCGCAGCACGCCAAGAUGGGCACUCUGUGA